GCGAGGUCAACGCGAGGAUGCACUACACCGAGCCCGUCAUCAAGCAGAAGGUCGAGGCCGCAGCGUCCGGGCCGAAGCCGAAUAUCUGCGGAGCUGGACGGGCAUCCAGAAACAAUGCCGAUCACAACUUCGACGAGGCCACCCACGUCUUGAGCGCGAGGCCGCAGGAAAACCAGCGCCGCGGGAACGGCAAGAAGCGUGCGGCGGCCCCCGACAGCAUCGACCUGUCCGUCACUUCCACCAACGAGAAGCAGUCCUUAAAUCCAGGCAACACCUACGAGCACGGCUACGUCGGCAAUAGCGCCCCGCGCUCCUACGCCAGCUGGCGGCCGAGCCUCCGCCCCCCGCCCAGCAAGGAGGAGGUGGAGGACCAAAUGCGGAGAGCACGGUCGGCCGCACACCCUCUUCUUCAUGGUGCUCCGAGCGGCUCAGCUGCCACGGGCACUGCUUCCGAGGGCGUCUUCGUUUCUUCUGGCCCCCUGCGCGGCGAGGGGGUAGGCCGCGAGCUCCACGAGACGAAGGGCUCCGAGGCGGAGGACGGCGACGGCUUCGACGACGACGACGCCCUGGGACGCCUGCGCGGCGAAGGGGUAGGCCACGAGCUCCACGAGACGAGUUCUGCGGCGGAGGGGGUAGGCCACGAGCGCCGCGAGACGAAGAGCUCCGAGGCGGAGAACGGCGACAGCAUCGACUACGACGACUCCUUCGGACCCUUGCGCGGCGAGGGGGUAGGCCACCGCGAACCCUUGCGCGGCGAGGGGUUAGGCCACAUCAGCAAGCAAAAGGUCACCAUGACACACAGCAUCCCCAGUGACGCCGAGAACUUCGACGAGCACUUCCCAUGGCAGUCCCAGAUCCUCGGCGAGGAAAGCAGGAACAUCCGCUGUAUCCAGGCGGAGACUGGCGUGCGCGCACUGCUCACGGCAGUGCAAAGGAAGGACGGCCUCGAUUUGUUUAUCGCAAUUUCGAGCGAGACCCACGGCGACGACUUCGACAGGGCCAUUUUCAUGUGCGAGGACCUCGUAGAGUGCGUUCGCACAGAGGCCGCCGAGUGGUCGGCGCACGCUGGGUCGGCGCACGCUGGCGCGACCACGGACUCAGACGACGAGGACCAAACCGACUCCGAGGAGGACGACCCUUGCGCG